UCGUAUUUGCUCGCUGCGACACCGUACAUUGCAUGACCCAGACCAGGUAGGCGGCUGUGCUCCUUUAAUCCUUCUUCUCUCCCUCCUCUCCGUCCUUAUCCUUCUCCCCACCAAACAUGAUCUUCCCUCCCGCCUUCGCGAAAUCAAACUGCCCUGGCUGUUGCACGCCUUUGGUCGCUGAUGAGUUCGCAAAAGAGAAACCAGUGCUUGCGGCCGGGGCGCCAAACGCGUUGCCUGAUGCUGAGGCAGGGGAGCCGCCAAAGGAGAAGGAUGUGCUUGGCGUCGCAGAGGAGGCAGGAGGAGGAGUAAAGGCCGAGCUGCCACCUGAGGAUCCGCCAAAGGAGAAGGGCUUUGUUGCUCCCGAACCGCUGCUGGCUCCACCGCCGAAGCUGAACCCGGUGCUCGAGGUGAAUGGGUUCGAGGCCGGAGGCGAGGCUGAAGACCCGCCAGCGGCAGCGGGCUUGGCAGAGCCGUUGGCAGCAGUCGUGUUCGCUGACCCAAACGAGAAGCCUCCUGUUGUGGUGAAGGGCGAGACGGAGCCUGCGGUCGAGGCGGGUGAGGCCGACUUGGGUGCAAAGGAGAAGGACGGAGCAGGCUUGGGCGGGGCUGCUGACGCUGGAGAGGCGGCUGCCUUGUCUGCCUGCUUCUCCUGUGAUGCUGCUGAUGCCUCCUCCUUGCCGCUCUCCGAGCUCGAAGAUGCUGCCGCGCCAAAGUCCACCUUCUUCCCACCGAAAGCGAACCCGCCCUUGGGCAGCUCGAAUGUGGGUAGGUCCUUUGGCUUCUCUACGGGGGAAGACGAGGCGGAGUCGGCGCUGUUGAAGGCUUUGCCGCCAAAGGAGAAACCGCCUGUCGGGGCUGGCGCGAAUUUGGGCGGGCCGCUAGAGGAUGAGGAUGCCGCAGGGGCGGUCGAGGAGGAGCUUGACACCGCUGCAGCAGGCUUCGCAGCAGGCGCUGUCCCAUUCGUUGCGCCCCCAGCUGCCGCCUUCCCCUUUCCUGCAGGCGCCGGCGCCAGCGUAGGUGGUGCUGGCCAUGCGCUGCUACUGACCGUAGUCACGCUUGGCCCACUCUGCCCUCUACCCUCUCUAUCCUUGACCAGCUGCGCCCUCUUCCCCUUGUAUCGCGACAGGAUCAUCUCCACCACGGGCGCAAGGUCUUCAAACUCUUGGUCCACAUCCUUGCCGUCGAGGGGAAUGGCUACGUCAAGUGUGCUUUUCAGCGAGUGGUUCAGCCCUCUCAGGGCACGCAGGUAGUUGACUUCGGCUAUCGAGGAGUCUGACGCGGCUGAGGAUGGAGUGACAGACCCAUCGGACGACCCCUCGAGCGCGUCGAGGAAUGUGACCUUCCUCUGCAUCCCCACCUCAUCCGGUCCCAAGUUCUGUCGCGCAGGCAAUGAGUCGCCAUUACGCUUUCGAGACGCAUCGUCGUCGCCUUUCUUUUGAAGAGACUUCAAUGCCUGGAGGGCAGCCUGGUCCCGGUACCCGGCUAUGUCGCCCUUUGCAGCAGGAGCGGAGACGGGUUGCUCGUUGGCCCAGGCGUCUCGGCCCCAAGGGAUCGGGACGAUGCUGUCUGCUGCAGGAGCCUUGGACACUGCGGGAGCUGGUGCGCCAAAGGAGAAGGCUGGUGUGGACGAGGUGCUUGAAGGAGCGGCAAAGGGACUGGCUGAUGGGGCCGGUGCUGGGGCUCCGCCGCCGCCAAGACCUUUGCGCUUGGGAAGGCCUCGGAUGCUG